AUGGCUAUUUCUGAAAAGCCCUCCAAUUAUGGCACACUUCCAACUUCCACCCCGCCACCACUCCCCACAGCUCAUUCCGCCAGGAAACCCCCUCGUCCACCACCACCUGGUCCACUACCACCACAGCCACCGCGUCCCUCCACCACCUUCCUCUCAACAACCAGAUCCAACACUGCCACGCGCCGUCCAUGGCACGUGUUCUUCGACUACACCGUUUUCUCCCUUCCCUACAACUACUCCGAAGCCAUGUCGCGCGUGAGGCGCAACCUCAACUACUUCCGUGUGAACUAUACCAUGGUAAUCCUCCUCAUUAUCUUCCUCAGCCUUAUAUACAACCCAAUCUCCAUGAUCGUCUUCUUAGUUGUAUCUAUAGCUUGGUUAUAUUACUUCAGUGAAGAGCCAAUUGUAAUAUUGGGGGCCCAUUUAGACGAUCGCCUUGUUUUGGUUGGUUUGGGUUUGGUUACUGUCAUUGCCUUGGCGUUUACUCAUGUGGGUCUCAAUGUUUUGGUUGCUUUGGUUAUUGGGUUUUGUGUUUUGGGCCUGCACGGGUCGUUAAGGGGAACUGAGGAUUUGUUCUUGGAUGAGAAUGAGGCUGCUGAAGGUGGCUUGCUUUCUGUUGUCAGUUGA